GUUCAUCUCAUUCUGAUAGGUGGAGUGUGUCAGCUGAUUGCCGGCCUCCUGUCGUUCCGUAAAUACGACCACCUGAGCGGCACCGCCUUCAUUGGCUACGCAGCGCUCUGGGGCAGCUAUGGCGCCACACGCAUCUUCCUGGGCGCCUCCCAACCAAAAACAACUAACCUGACCCUGUCACAUGACCUGAUGAGUAACAUGACCCUGCCCACUACCCUCAUCACCAACCUAUCCCUGUCGGCGGAAGUCUGGAACAGCACCUCGCAGAGCCCUGAUUGGCUGUCUCUCCUGCCCAUCCCCCAGUCUGCCAUCGCGGGAUUGAUCCCCUACAUCCUUCUAUCCUUCCUAUUGGCCUUCUGCUCUGCCACGGUCAACAUCAUCAUGCCCUUCGUGUUCGGCGCCAUCACGCUGACCCUGCUGUUUGAGGCUGUGGCGGUUGGCGUGUCCUCGGCCUGGCCGUUGGUCGUCUCUGGCGUUCUAGAACUCCUCAUCCUCCUCUUCGCCGUGUACGGCAGCGCCGCCCUCUUGGUGAAAGGCCUGGCGCAGCGCUAUGUCCUCAAGGGGUUCGGCACGCCCCUGUUCAACGUGCUCCUGCUGGGGACCAACAGCCCUGCGGCCGGCGCCCAGAGCCUGGGACAGGAGAAGAAGAAGAACACCAAGUACGCUGAACCCCAGGCACUCUUCUUCUUCUGUGACACAGUGUCUCCCUUCAUCCUGUUGUUCUACAGCUUCGGCUACGUCAAGUCCUUCUCCCUGGGGGCUGUGUGGGUCUCCAUCAUCUCUGCUGCUCAACUCCUCUCUUCAUACUAUGCUCACCUGCGCCAAGAUGGCUACCUGGCCACCAAGGCCGGCCUGCACGCCACCUACUGGCUCACCAAGGCGUGGGAGGAGUUUGUGAUGUCGGCUGUGAUCGUGUCGGAGCCAGACGGAGAGGUGGCUACUGGGAGACAGGCGAUGGUUGGUGAUUGGUUCUUCGUGGCGGUGGCGCUCCUCCUCCUAGUGGUCAGUCUGAGUAAUGACGCCCUGGAGGUUACCCAUAAUGCUCUGUUCCUGCUGCUGUCCGUCUCCACGGUCCCCCAGAUCCCCCUUCAGGGGUACUAUGUAUUCUUCGGGGUGUCUUGUUCCCUGUUCGCCUCUGCCUCGCUCUAUGGGACGUUUUGCCGCCUCAUCAACACCAUCGCUGAGAAGAGUCUGAUCCCGGUGGGUCCUCAGCCCGUCUCCUCCGACCGUCUCCGCUCCAUCCUGUCCUGCUGUUCCUCCCCGCCGUCAUCAUCAUCAUCAUCAUCAUCCCCGACCAGUCAGAUCCCUGACGCUCUGUUCUACCUGACCAAUGGCGUGGCUGCUCUCUCGGCGCUCCACGCGGCCUCAUCCAGUCAGAGCGUGUCCUUCCUGCGGUUGAGUGUUCCCUGGGUUCUGGUGUCUGGAGCGGUGGUACAGGGGUUCGUCAGCAGGCUGCAGGUCAGAGGAGGGCAGAGGUUUGGCUCUGUCAUCCCAUCCUUCUACCUGGCUGUCUGGGCCACCUGGACAUGGUUCCGCUUCACAGGUAUGUGGAUGACUUAAUGCUAACCCUAACCAAUUCCUAACUGCAGGUGUCUUUAAGUUUUCGCUUAAGUCAUAAAAAACAAAAAAAAUCUGAUUCCAGCCACUCAUAGACUGUUCUCUCUGCUACCGCACGGCAAGCGGUACCGAUACACCAAGUCUGGAACCAACUGGACCCUGAACAGCUUCUACCCCCAAGCCAUAAGACUGCUAAAUAGUUAGUUAAAUAGUUAACCAAAUAGCUACCCAGACUAUCUGCAUUGACUCUUUUUACACUAACUAUUUUGACUCAUCCCAUACGCUGCUGCUACUUUUUAUUAUCUGUCCCUUUAUUCCCAGUUAUAUGGACAUAUCUACCUCAAUGACCUCGUUCCCCUGCACAUAGACUCAGUACAGGUACCCCGUGUAUACAGCCAAGUUAUCAUGGACUCAGUACUGGUACCCCGUGUAUAUAGCCAAGUUAUCAUGGACUCAGUACUGGUACCCCGUGUAUACAGCCAAGUUAUCAUGGACUCAGUACUGGUACCCUGUGUAUACAGCCAAGUUAUCAUGGACUCAGUACUGGUACCCCGUGUAUAUAGCCAAGUUAUCAUGGACCCAGUACUGGUACCCCGUGUAUACAGCCAAGUUAUCAUGGACUCAGUACUGGUACCCCGUGUAUAUAGCCAAGUUAUCAUGGACUCAGUACUGGUACCCCGUGUAUACAGCCAAGUUAUCAUGGACUCAGUACUGGUACCCCGUUGUAUAUAGCCAAGUAUCAUGGACUCAGUACUGGUACCCCGUGUAUACAGCCAAGUUAUCAUGGACUCAGUACUGGUACCCCGUGUAUAUAGCCAAGUUAUCAUGGACUCAGUACUGGUACCCCCUGUAUACAGCCAAGUUAUCAUGGACUCAGUACUGGUACCCCGAGUAUAUAGCCAAGUUAUCAUGGACUCAGUACUGGUACCCCGUGUAUACAGCCAAGUUAUCGUGGACUCAGUACUGGUACCCCGUGUAUACAGCCAAGUUAUCAUGGACUCAGUACUGGUAUCCCGUGUAUAUAGCCAAGUUAUCAUGGACUCAGUACUGGUACCCCGUGUAUACAGCCAAGUUAUCAUGGACUCAGUACUGGUACCCCGUGUAUACAGCCAAGUUAUCAUGGACUCAGUACUGGUACCCUGUGUAUAUAGCCAAGUUAUCAUGGACUCAGUACUGGUACCCCGUGUAUAUAGCCAAGUUAUCAUGGACUCAGUACUGGUACCCCGUGUAUACAGCCAAGUUAUCAUGGACUCAGUACUGGUACCCCAUGUAUACAGUACAGCCAAGUUAUCGUUACUCAUUAUGGAUUUAUUAUUACUGUUAUUAUUACUGUUAUUAUUACAGUUAUUAUUACAGUUAUUAUUACAGUUAUUAUUACAGUUAUUAUUACAGUUAUUAUUACUGUUAUUAUUACAGUUAUUAUUACUGUUAUUAUUACUGUUAUUAUUACAGUUAUUAUUACUGUUAUUAUUACUGUUAUUAUUACUGUUAUUAUUACUGUUAUUAUUACUGUAAUUAUUACUGUUAUUAUUACUUUUCUAUUAUUUCUAUAUUUGAUUUUUCUCUGCAUUGUUGGGAAGGGCACAUAAGGAAACAUUUGUUCAUGUUAUUGCUGUUUUCUCCAUGCUCUGCUGCCUGUUUCAGUAAAACGUCUCUGUGUUCUUUUCUCAGGCCCCAUGCUGCAGAUCUCUCCAGUAGGAUCCUAUGGGUUCACAGCUGGAGCCAUCGCUUUCCUGGUCAUCAACGCUUUCCUCAUGCUCAUCGGUCAGUCUUUACAUAAAGUCACCAAUAUCUACCUCUUCUCCUGCUGAGAGAGAGAGAGAGAGAGAGGACUGACGAGUGAGAGAGAGAGACGGAGAGAGUAGAGAGAGGAGGAGAGGAGGGAGAGAGAGAGACGAGAGGAGAAGAGAGAGAGAGAGAGAGAGAGAGAGAGAGAGAGAGAGAGGGAGAGAGCUCUGUUCCUAACCCUCUCCAUGUCCCCCCCAGCUGCGUAUGGUAACCUCUGUUCCUAACCCUCUCCAUGUCCCCCCCCCCAGCCUGCGUAUGGUAACCUCUGUUCCUAACCCUCUCCAUGUCCCCCCCCCCCCCCAGCUGCCGUAUGGUAACCUCUGUUCCUAACCCUCUCCAUGCCCCCCCCCCCCAGCUGCGUAUGGUAACCUCUGUUCCUAACCCUCUCCAUGUCCCCCCCAGCUGCGUAUGGUAACCUCUGUUCCUAACCCUCUCCAUGUCCCCCCCCCCCAGCUGCGUAUGGUAACCUCUGUUCCUAACCCUCUCCAUGUCCCCCCCCCCCAGCUGCGUAUGGUAACCUCUGUUCCUAACCCUCUCCAUGUCCCCCCCCCCCAGCUGCGUAUGGUAACCUCUGUUCCUAACCCUCUCCAUGCCCCCCCCCCCCCAGCUGCGUAUGGUAACCUCUGUUCCUAACCCUCUCCAUGUCCCCCCCAGCUGCGUAUGGUAACCUGGUCCUCUUGUCUCUGACCGUGGUCAUGGAGGCAGUCCUGGUGUGUUUCCUCCUGUCCACCCUCCAACAGCUCCCCUACCAGCUGGAGAGUAAGGAACCUGCUUUUCACCACCCUACACUGACAGGACCAGGCUCUGAGGGGAGGACGGCUCAUCAUAAUGACCGGAACGGAGCAGAUGGAAUGGCAUCAAACACCUGGAAGUCAUGUGUGAUACCAUUCCACUGAUUCCGCUCCAGUCAAUAGAACGAGCCCGUCCUCCCCAAUGAAGGUGCCACCAGCCUCCUGUGAUACACAGUAUGGCUGAGUCCAAAAACCCAACACUUGGCCAUCUGCCCUUUAUCGCGUGAUCGAAGUGGUCCAAGUGGUUGGGUUUGUGAUUCAGCCAAUGUUAUGUGGUAUCCAUAGUGACCGUAUAUCAAUAUGUUUGCUGCUCAGACAAUAACUGUAUAAAUGUACACAUUAAUCUGCUACCUAGACGUCAGUUGUGUCACUGUUCUAACACGUUUCUGGCGUUGUUCUUGUAGUUGCCAUGCUAGCUGUGUUCUCAGUCAUCUGUCUAUAUGGGACCCUGGCAUCACUGGUCAACUGUACCUUCUCUCAGAGUGUGCUGCCCCUGGGGCCUCCACUGGUUAAGGUGAGAACAAGACACUGUUCCACUCUCUUCCGUUCCAUUGGAUGAGCUGACAAAUAGAAUGGAGCGGUUUAAUGGGGUUUCAUUCCAUUUCAUUCUACUGUUCUCCGAUCCAGUUCCUUCCUUUUCUAUCCUGUUCCACAUCUUGUGUUGUUGUGUCUCAGGGUGUGAAGCAGCAGCAGCAGAAGUCCUCCCCUGCCCUGCCCUGUCCCGUGGCAGACUCCAGACUGACCAGUGGUCUCCUGAAGAUCUCCAGACUGCUGGACGACGGGGGGGUCUGUGGAAUCCCCACCGAUACCGUCUACGCCCUGGCCGCAUCCUGCAAGAACCCUCAGGCCAUCGAGAGCAUCUACAACAUCAAGGACCGCCCAGCAGAGAAGCCCAUCUGUAUCUGUAUCUCCAGUGUAGAGCAGCUGGUGGCAGCCAAGCCCCCCUUCAGCUCUCUACUCUGGGAGUUCAUGAGGAACGUCUACCCUGGAGGGAUCAGCUGCAUCGUCAGCAAGGGGGACUGGCUACUCAGACUGGGUAAGAGGUGGUGGCUGCAACUGCAACUGCAUUGGGUUACAUUGGGUUAGGGUUAGUGUUAGGGGUCGGGAUACUGCAUUGGGUUACGUUGGGUUAGGGUUAGUGUUAGGGGUCGGGAUACUGCAUUGGGUUACAUUGGGUUAGGGUUAGUGUUAGGGGUCGGGAUACUGCAUUGGGUUACAUUGGGUUAGGGUUAGUGUUAGGGGUCGGGAUACUGCAUUGGGUUACAUUGGGUUAGGGUUAGUGUUAGGGGUCGGGAUACUGCAUUGGGUUACGUUGGGUUAGGGUUAGUGUUAGGGGUCGGGAUACUGGGUAAGAGGAAGGGUGGUGGCUGCAACUGCAACUGCAUUGGGUUACGUUGGGUUAGGGUUAGUGUUAGGGGUCGGGAUACUGCAUUGGGUUACGUUGGGUUAGGGUUAGUGUUAGGGGUCGGGAUACUGCAUUGGGUUACGUUGGGUUAGGGUUAGUGUUAGGGGUCGGGAUACUGCAUUGGGUUACGUUGGGUUAGGGUUAGUGUUAGGGGUUGGGAUACUGCAUUGGGUUACGUUGGGUUAGGGUUAGUGUUAGGGGUCGGGAUACUGCAUUGGGUUACGUUGGGUUAGGGUUAGUGUUAGGGGUCGGGAUACUGCAUUGGGUUACGUUGGGUUAGGGUUAGUGUUAGGGGUCGGGAUACUGCAUUGGGUUACGUUGGGUUAGGGUUAGUGUUAGGGGUCGGGAUACUGCAUUGGGUUACAUUGGGUUAGGGUUAGUGUUAGGGGUCGGGAUACUGGGUAAGAGGAGGGGUGGUGGCUGCAACUGCAACUGCAUUGGGUUACGUUGGGUUAGGGUUAGUGUUAGGGGUCAGGAUACUCUCAGAAAUGGUUUGAUGAAAACAACGUCUUAUUUGGUUUCUUCGUUCUCUAUUGUGUGCGUUGAUUUGAUGAUGAUCUAUUUGUUUACCUGUGUUGAUCUAUUUGUUUACCUGUGUUGAUCUAUUUGUUUACCUGUGUUGUCCAGGUGUGGGUGCAGCCUAUGACCGUGUGGGGACCAAGGACAGCAUCAUGAUCCGAGUCCCUGACCACACCGUCACCGGACACCUGUGUGACAUCACCGGACCGCUUGCCAUCACCUCAGCCAAUCCCAGUGGGGAACCCGACAGCACGCACCACGACAUGGUCAUCAGGUAACGGUCUAUCAUAACACCCACCUGUACCCACCUGUACCCACCUGUACCCACCUGUACCCACCUGUACCCACCUGUACCCACCUGUACUCACCUGUACCCACCUGUACCCACCUGUACUUAAGUGCUUAAGCCUGUUGGUGUGCUAUACUGCCUUCAUCUGAUAGUGAUGCUGAUAGUGAUGCUGAUAGUAUUUAAGUAUUUUUCUAUCCAGGAGGCUGGUUGUAAUGUAGACUGGUCUGAUCUUUCCUGUCAGACUGGUUUCAUAUCAAUGCCUGCAGCAUAAAGUUCCAGUUUUACUAAUGUAUCUGUGUUAAUCAGUCCUCUGUCUAGUGUCCUGCUGUCUAUAGGGUCAUGAUGAUUCCAUUCCAGUGGUGGUCGGUGCCUUUUAAGAUUAGGGAGGACGAUUAUUUUGUUAAGAGCAGGGCCUUAUUUCUAUUACAGCAUAUUGGAUGACUCUCAUUCAUAUUCUAUUCACCCAGCUCAAUGUAACAGUGAUAGGUUUAGGCUACUACAUAAUACUAACAUGUUCCCUGUACCCAUCAUGAGGUUGCUACAACCUAGCCUAUGAAUGAAAGCUUACAACGUAGGUGCACAGGUCGAGUGAUCAAGGUGACAGACAGCGACACAUUCAACACCGCCUUGCACACUCUUACCUGCAUCUAGCUGAUAUAGGGUGUAAUCAUUCGUCCAACAGUUGCAAACAAGAGUUUCUGUUGGAAAAUCCAGUUCGGCUUAUACCCGUUUUGUUCCAUUUGCUUUGUUUAAGAAACGUUUUAACAGAAUCUGUGGAAUGAAUACACCCCUGAUCCCACGCAAACAUAGUUCACUUUCAUAGCAGCCACAUACAAACAGCAUGAUCUCUUUUCUCAUUGUAAAAAUCUAUUCUCGCUCAUACACGCUAUUCUGUGACCAGGUGAAAAAACCUUUCCAAGCCAAACUUUCAUACCAUAACCGCUAACCGCUACACACAGCCUACAUCGUUGUCACCACUAUUAGCUAACGUCAUAGUCAAUCAACAUAGCUACUAGAACUAACGUGUUAGAAAACCUGCAACGAUCAUGCAGUACAGUGUACAGCAAGCAGUUUAGCAGUUCCACCGGUGGGCCCCGGUGGCAAUAAAUUAAUCAAACCAAAAGCAUCCCUUUCUGCAUUCGCUAGCUAGCUGCAAUAUGAACAGAAAUGUGAGUUAUAGAUCUGUCAUUAUCAUUGAAAGCAAGUCUAAGAAGAAGUAGAUCUGUUCUAUGUUCUACUAUUUCUAUGCUUCCGGUUCUCAUGUUUCGUUUCUGCUUCUUUUCCUUUCGGUUUUGUCCACCAGCUUCAAACAGCUGAAAAUACAAUAUUUUUGGUUAUGGACAAGAUAUUUCACAGCAGUUUAGAUGGUACAAUGAUUCUCUUCACUAUACUUGCUUGUUUUGUCACAAACUGAAACUAGGCUAACUAUUCGAGUUUUAGCAAGAAGGAAUUUGCGGAGUGAUUAUACAUAGUGCAUCUUUAUGUGAAAGUUAUGAAAUAUAGCUAGCUCUCUCUCCCUGUCUUCCUUCUCCUUUAUUUUGUAAGAAAUUAAUUUGUUCAAAACUGUUCAACUCUUGUCUUUCUCUCUCUUUGAGUCGACUACUCACCACAUGUUAUGCACUGUAGUGCUAGCUAGCUGUAGCUUAUGCUUUCAGUACUAGAUUCAUUCUCUGAUCCUUUGAUUGGGUGGACAACAUGUCAGUUCAUGCUGCAAAAGCUCUGAUAGGUUGGAGGACAUCCUCUGGAAGUUGUAAUAAUUACUGUGUAAGUUUAUGGAAGGGGGUGAGAACCAUGAGCCUCCUAGGUUUUGGAUUGAAGUCAAUGUACCCAGAGGAGGACGAUAACGAGCUGUCCUCCGGCUACACCAUGGUGCUACCCUACAGAGUGCUGUUGAGGCUACUGUAGACUUUCAUUGCCAAACAGAGUGUUUUAAUCAAUGAUUUGGUGAGGUGAAUAUAUGUAAUAUAGUUUUAUCUAAAAAGGUUAACUAUUAACUACUACUAACUAUUUGUAUUUUUAUGAAAUUCACUGAGGAGGAUGGUCCUCAACUGUUAGAUACAGUUCUUGAACCUGAACCUUCUCUGAACAUGACACUUCCCUUUCCUGUCAGACUGGUUUCCUUCCUGUAACCCAUAAGACCAGCAUCUGAACAUAUCUAUCCUGCUGUGUAAACAUCAAUUUAUACUGAUGUAUCUGUGUUGAUCUUUAUCUGUCUGUGAUCCAGUGGUCUGGGCCAAUCUAAACCUAAACCUGAACCUGAACCUGAACCUAAACCUGAACCUGAACCCGAACCUACUCUGACACUGUCUGUCACUAUGUUUGUAUCCUAGUCGGCUGGGCCAUAAGAUCCAGGGGGUUCUGUGUGACGGGGAUUCCAACGAGGUCGUAGCCUCAACGGUGGUGAACUGCCUCAAGAUAGAUGAAGGUAUGAUGUCACAGAACAGAAGCCCACUACAAUAACUAAUGACUAACAUCUUAGGUUGUGUUGUCCUGCCUGGGGACGGAACAUUCUGGUAACUUUCUCAAAAUUCCCAGGUUUUCCAGAAAUACUGGUUGAAAGAUUCCUGGAUUUCAAAGAAUCCUCCGACCAGGAUUUCUGGAAAACCUGGGAAAAGUUACCGGGACUUUGCAACACUAGUCCCACGCUGUGAUUCAGUGUGUGUCAACGAUCACUCAGUCAGUAUUGUGUUUCCUCCUCCUCCAGGUACGAUUAGUAUCGUGAGGGAAGGCUGUGUCCCGGCGGUGAAGGUCCGACAGAUCUUUGAGAGGGUGAAGACCAGCAUGCUGUGAGGAGGACCCCUUCCUCCAUCCCUCCUCCAUCUACCUCUCCUCCCCCCUUUCUCCCCCUCCAUCCACUGUUGACCAAUGAUGACACUCAUAUCAGAUACUGGACCCACCCACCUCAGGCCACCAUCCAAUGAAGUGUGUUCUCUUGAAGAUAACUGUAGAUUACAUUUGAAGAGUAGAAACUUGAGAUGCAUUGUUGCUAUUUUCUGCAAAUGUUAUGAAGCUGAAGUGAGGAGGAGAACGCAGUGAAAACCAAAUGCAAUGUUGAUCUUUAUUUACUCUGUAGUGUUGUUAUG